GGGAGGGUCUCUUAAAAGGGCGAUGGCGUUCGUCGGCCACUGUGCAGGUGAUGACGAAAUCGGUCUGAGGGCUGCUUACGGCCGUCGCUCUGAGCCUGGCGGUUUGCCUGAGGUCACGGACCCCGGGGCUGUGACUGCUGCGUUUUGUGUUUUCGCGAAGUGACGGGCCCGGGAAGAGACGGGGGACGCCCACGGCUAGCGGCGACCCAGGAGAUAAAUAAAUCUUAAAAAAAAAAAAGAGGAAUUGCAUCUGUUGGGCCCUUAACCGGAGAAGUUUGAGAUCACAAACAUGGACAUGAGGGCGGGCACCUCCCUGAAGCUCAAGGGCAAGAUUGAUGACAACUGUGACGGUUUCGUGAUUAACCUGGGCCAGGGGACAGACAAGCUGGGCCUCCACUUCAACCCCCGCUUCAAGGAAUCCACCAUUGUCUGCAACUCCCGGGACGGCAGCCAGUGGGGAAGAGAGCAACGGGAAAACCACCUGUGCUUCAGCCCGGGGUCAGAGGUCAAGCUCACGAUGACCUUUGAGGGCGAUAAGUUCAAGGUGAAGCUGCCGGACGGCCACGAGCUGACCUUUCCCAACAGGCUGGGCCACAGCCACCUGAGCUACCUGGGCGUGCAGGGUGGGUUCAGCAUCUCCUCCUUCAAGUUCGAAUGAGCCGGAAUAAAAGACCCCAGCCAGGGUG